UACUCAACGCCAGCAUCAUGCUCAGGCUCGCCCAACGACGCCCUCCCGUCCGCCUUUGCCCACAACCCCCUCGAGCUCACAUUGUGCAGCUGCGCUAUGCCCAUGCACCGCCAGGAAAACCGGCGUACAAGCCAUUGCCCACUGGUCCUUCCCAAGAGGUAUUGAGGUACCGCAAUACACUCGUGCUCAUUUGGUUCGGAGUGUUUGGGGUUGGCACGGCCACCAUUUUCUUCUUGCCAAACGAAUCCAAGGCAGCUCCGACUCGCCCUGACGUUCUCUUCUCACCGAGACACUACACCCCCGCGACGCUGACCGCCAUCAAAGAGUGUCCCGACCCGGACACACGCUUGAUUACGUUGGCUUUGCCUCCCCAGGCGGUCCCGGACAGCCAGGAAUCCAUCUACAACCCGAUCUGGUCUGUUUACAUCAAGGAUGAUGAUAUACAGGUCGAGCGGCCGUACACGCCGUUAGAGGGCAUUGACGAGCGGGGGCGGAUGAGGUUCUGGGUCAAGAAGUAUGAGAAGGGUGAGGUCGGCCGGUGGUUGCAUUCGAAAAAGAUGGGGAACAAGAUCGAGCUCAGAGGGCCUUUGAGUACAUGGCUGUGGGAUGAUAACAAAUGGGACGAAGUUGUUAUGAUCUCAGGAGGAACAGGCAUAACGCCCUUCUACCAGCUUCUGCAUGCGAAGCUGCUCAAGGAUCCUACAAAGGUUCCGACCAAGACCCGCUUUACGUUGCUGCAUGCUGCGCGCAAGCCGUCCGAACUCCCACCGCCGGAUAUGCUAGAACCUCUGCUCUCUGCGAGCCAAGCGCACCCUGACCGGCUGCAAAUGUCUCUCUUCGUUGACUCCUCCGAGGGCCCCGUGCAUCCAAACGCGCUCGGCUCCGACAACGCCCGUUCGUGGUGGCGAUCCUUGUUCUCUCGGUCGAGUUCGCCCAAUGUCAAUGAAAAGAAGUACUGUUCCUGGUCUGUGGGCCCGAACCGUACAAUGAUCACGGCAAUCGCUGGGCCGUAUGGUCGAAAUUUCUCGCAGGGAGUUGUCGGAGGUGUGCUGGGUGAGUUGGGGUACAAGAACCAUCAAGUGUGGAAGUUGUGAGGCUACCAAGCAGGUGUCCGCGAAGUGCUCGGUCGGAGAGCUUGUGUCCUGCCCGUGGGGCUAACGGUGUUGCUCCAAUUACUUAGUAGAAUGCCAAACUCAGGCUCUAGCUUCACCCGCUAAGCAGAUUACACGAGCAAGGUGCAUUACUGAUUAGACGUCAAUAUUGACC